AUGCGUAUCUCUCAAGGUUUAGUGCUGCUCGCGGUUUCCUUCCUUGUUACGUGCGAGGCUCUCUCCUCCGCCCCGGACUCCAACGAGGCCAAGAUCUCCAAAGUGGCUUCGCUCGUAGUUCCCAGUCAGCGACUCCUGAAGACCCACCGCCAGCCUGUCGACGAUGAAGAGGACUCGUCGGAGGAAGAAAGAGUCCUCACGAUCGAGCAAAUCAAGGCGAUAUGUAAGUAG